AUGUCAGAGGAGUCUGGCCUAGCCCUGCAAAAAGACGCCAAUGCUCAGUUAGGCCUGGGGAGCCUUGGUAGACUCACGCAAGAACUAUAUACACGCACGGAUAGUACCAUAUUCAGCAGUAGUCCGACGCUGGGUGAGUUCCUCCGAGAUCUGUUAUUAGACUCGGAGCUAAUCAAGGGCAAAGUGGAGAAUGAGCGCGCGAUAUUUGCCGUGGCCGAGGAUAAGAUGCGCAAAGAAUACGCCAUGCUAACCAGAGAGAGACGUUUGUUGGACGGGAG